CAUCCACAUCCACAUCCACAUCUCCAUCGCAAAAAGGUUCAGGCCCAAGCACAAGCUUCAAGGACUUAGAUUUAGAGGACCUGCAGCUGGAGCUAUUUCAAAGGCGACCAAAGGGGCCAGUUGGCUCUGACUUUUACCUCGUCUUCGCCCCAUACCGUAACUUACUUUACCUCCACUGCCUUGGUCAACCCCGCUACUCUUUGUUUCAUACCAUUUCGUCUUAUCGGUAUUCCUCAUCCGUCGACUUCAGCCUCAUGGCUUCGCCAAACCGCCCAUCGCUGUCGGUUAGGCGACAGUCUUCCGCACGGAACCUCAGACAGCCCGAACAUGACGACUUAACUCAGUCCUUGAACCAACUCUCCAUCUCCACUUCGCCCGGCAGAGCUCCGUCCCGCCUCUCCUCCGAACCAGCUUCUCCAUUCCGCUCAUCGGGUCGUCGCACGUCGCAGUCGCCUGCGCCAAAUGCUCGGGUUCUGUCCCGUAGCCCGUCCCGGACUCGUGAAGCUUCUCGGGACACACCUACACUACUACGAAAGGCGUCUAUGAACUCGCUGCGCUCCUCUAACGGUAUCGGGCCAGGUUCGACCCCUUCGAGACGUUCCAGCGUGGUGCAUCACAUAUCACCAACUCAGGCCAAGUCGCCUCUGUCAUCUACUCCUCCUGUGCUGGAGAAACCCCGACCAACUGCGAUUUCCAUUGCACAUGACAAUCUCAGUGACGAGUUGCAGGCGCAUCAUGGCGCAACAUCCACUCGCCCAACCCAGAUGAUCGUAGUGCUAAACGAUGCCGUCUAUGGACAUCGCUUCUCCCGACCCCGAACUUCUCGUGCCGCUCUCAGUACUAUCGUCGAACGCCCGGAACGAAUAAAGGCAGCUGUGUUGGGUAUAUCUGCAGCGUAUGUCCGCUUGGGUGGAAGACAUUCUGAGGGUGAAUAUCCGCUUCAUCCUAAAAGAGAGGCUGAGGAUAUUCAUGGCAUCCCAUUCCGGAUACAAAAGACAGAACGUAGACUUUCUCUUUUGUCACCAGCUGUUGUAAAUGUGCAUGGGACAAAAUGGAUGGAAGAACUCAAAAUGAUGUGCGAUGCAGCCGAAUCGAAGCUUGCAAUGGGGGGCAAGGAGUUGCAGAGACCACAGAUGAACAGAGGGGCUGAGAAAGCUGACAAGUUCCACGAAGGUGAUCUCUACCUUUGCUCAGAGUCUUUGGACGCCAUGGAGGGUGCUCUGGGGGCUGUCUGCGAAGCCAUUGACACUGUUUUUGGUCCCGGACCUCAGCGGGCCUUUGUUGGCGUGCGACCUCCCGGCCACCAUUGUUCCGCCUCCUAUCCUUCAGGCUUCUGUUGGGUCAACAAUGUUCAUGUUGGUAUCAUGCAUGCAGCUCUCAACCAUGGGCUCACGCAUGCUGCGAUCAUUGACUUUGAUCUUCAUCAUGGUGAUGGUUCUCAAGCCAUUACAUGGCAGCACAAUUCUCGAGGAAACAAUGCUGCUAAGAAUGCGGCAGCAUGGAAGAAGUCUUCGAUUGGCUACUUCAGUUUGCACGACAUCAACUCGUAUCCGUGUGAAAUGGGCGAUGAAGAAAAGGUUAGAAGCGCCAGUAUCUGUAUCGACAACGCACACGGACAAACUGUUUGGAAUGUCCAUCUGGAGCCUUGGAAAUCUGAGGAGGAGUUCUGGAAACUCUACGAGACCAGGUAUAUUGUGCUCUUGGACAAGGUAAGAAACUAUCUCAAGAACCAGGCGGAGCGAUUGAGAGAAUUCAACUUGCCUCCGAAGGCUGCCAUCUUCUUCUCUGCUGGCUUUGAUGCCAGUGAAUGGGAGAGCGCAGGAAUGCAGCGUCACAAGGUCAACGUGCCAACAGAAUUCUAUGCCCGUAUUGCCCAGGAUGUCGUCAAAUUGGCCGCUGAAGAAGGGCUUCACGUUGAUGGUCGAGUUAUCAGCGUGCUAGAAGGCGGCUAUAGCGAUCGAGCUUUGUGCUCUGGUAUUCUAAGCCAUCUCAGUGGGCUCGCUGGAGAUCAAACCUACGCUCAAGAGCCAGACAAUGUUGGCCGUCUUGGUGUCGAAAUGGGACAGAAGAUUGGAUCCCUUUCAGGGGAAAUGUCAUACAGUUUCGAGCAAAAGCCGUCAUUGGACUCUGUUCAUGCUUACGACCCAUCGUGGUGGUCGCCAUCCCAUUUGGAUGAGCUCGAGGCUUUGAUGGAGGUUCCAGAUGGUCCAGCCAAGAAGCCGCAGAGCGCUACUCUCCCAACCUACUUCUCACCAACACAGGCAUCCACGGCUAAGGUCUCAGAUCCCAUCAAGAUGCGACGUAGUUUGUCCAACUUGGGUGCAUCUAUAACCAGGCCUCCAUCACCACCUCCGCCAGAAGUUCCUUGGGCCAUUGCAGUCCAUGAGCUCAGCAAGCUCCUGAUUCCCUCUAGUCGUCAAACCGAUAGCUGCAAGCCUGAGGAACUGAACGCAGAGGCAAGCAAGGCGAGACGAGAUCGCCAAUCAAUAAUCAUGGGCAUUGACCCAAACCCUCUUGCUACUUCUUCUUCGCGCCCAACCUCGCGCAUGUCUCUGCGUGAGAGGAGAGCCAAGGCAGCACCUACUCCCGAGCCAACCUCUGAAAAGACAACCACAAGCCGCAGAAGAACAAUGGGCGCUGCCCCCAUCUCUUCAGACAAGGCGGUUGCGCGCGGUGUCUCCUCGAGGACAAACAGUGGUGAGCCGGCAGUGAGGAGGACCAGUCGUCGUCUUAGUGAGAUCCCGGCAUCCCUCACAACAAGAGAUGUAUCACCAGGUGAAGCAGAUCGGCCUGAGGUAGUAGAACACGCUCGUACAGUCCCCAACUCGCCCAUGGCUACGAAAUCAGUUGCCAACACCAAUCCUCCGGUCAAGAAGGCAAGAACUUCUACUGCCCCUCGCAAGGAGCCUGCGCCAAGAGCGCCUCGGGGUACCAAGAAAGCUACUACUACCGCUGGCCCUUCGCGACCUGCCACAGCUACACAGAAAGCCAAGUCGCCAGUCAAGGCUUCGAAGAAGGACGGUGCAUCUAGCGCGGGUGGCGAUGAUAUUGACAGCCUCACCUCUGGUAUGAAGAAGAUUCGUAUCAACCUGAUCACUCAGUCUCAGAAGGAAGCCAAAGAGCGAGCUCGCCUUGAAGCUGAGAAAGCCAAGGGCAAAGAAUCUUCUAUCACAUACAAGCCUGCCACGACAUCUUCCAGUACUGAGCAUCCAUCAUCAGUCACUGACCAUAGCCAGACCCCUGUCAGUGCUUCCGUCGAGGCGCAUGAUAUCUCUCCUACUCAACCUGCACCGGGUAAUGCCCGCAUCCCUUCACCACCUACCACUGCCUCUUCGAGAAGAAUCAUGUCUCCCUCACAAGAACAAUACGCUUUCGAAUCCACUGCGCAAGUCACUCAGCUGAUGUCUCCUCCUCUGAGUUCUCCUGCCAUCCCCUCUGUUUCCGUACACCCUAGCACGGAUGCAGAUGAUAUCUUUGUUCCCUACCAACCCGAAGGCCCUGCGCCUGAGUCCGUUGCUCAGAGCGAGCCUUUGAAGUGGCUUCCACCUAAUGUACCAACUUCAUCUGAGCAAACGCCUGCCGCGACACCUAGCCCGGCCAAGAAGAGUAAUCUUUUCCAAUACACUUCCGGUGGUAUUCCAUUUGCCCCUCGCCCGGGACAGGGACCAAGUGAGCUCAAGCACGCGGAGCAGGGUGUUAAGCCAGAGCCGAAGUCGCCGAAGUCUAUCGAGGAGAUUCCCGAGACGCCUCAGCAUUAAAGACGUUUGCUAGUUCUCUUGGACAUUUGUUCUUCUGAUGUAUGGCGAAUGGCUGUCAGAUCUUUCAUAUCGCUGCUUUGGAGAGUAGGAUACAGGUGGGAGAUGAUACCCCAAAUUUUGUUGCCAUGGUGUUUCUUUUUCUAUCAGAGCUUUACAACACAUCCUUGUCAUGUAUGGAUGUAGUCUUCUUCGCGAUACCCUAUUCCUCUUCCUUCUGGAUCAGACCUCUUGUUGUCUUGCUCUAUACUUCUAGUCGUGUUUAAUCUAUGACGUUAUGGCUUUCUAUUCUAAACCAACAGCCCUACCAUAUGUAUUUUUUAUGGGAAAUUCUCACGGAACACGCUCAGAGGAACACUGACUUCCUCGACAGUAGCUCUUUUCGUCCCAUCCACGCCAGAGUUAGGUGUUCUCUUGAGACACCAAACCUCCUUGAUGCCCAGACU